UUGGUUUCUUACUGUUGACGGAAAAUAUGUCCGCUGAUAAGCCCGAGAGUAGUUCAGCAUCCGAAGAUCUCGCCCUCUUGGACUCUAUUAGCCACCGUAUUCUUGCUGAUGAUUUUGAAUCUUCUUUCACUUCUUUAGACGACGUCGUCUCCUUCGACCGGCCACCACCUUUACAUGGUGGAACUACUUCCAGCUUCACCAGCCUUCUCCUCAAGAAUUCCACUCUACCGUUAGACAUUGACGAUGAAUUUAGCUUUGCGUGUCCUCCGCCUGGAAAAGUGGAUACGCCGCCGCAGGAGGUGAGUGAAAAAAGGUUGCAGUACAGGGGAGUGAGGAGGAGACCGUGGGGAAAGUACGCGGCGGAGAUAAGGGAUCCCGAGAAGAAAGGAUUGAGGGUUUGGUUAGGAACUUACGAAACGGCUGAAGAUGCUGCUUUGGCUUACGACAAAGCCGCUUUCAAGAUCCGUGGAUCAAAAGCUAAGCUCAAUUUCCCUCACUUGAUUGGCUCAGGUAGCAUAGAACCCGUAAGAGUGGGUCCACGGCGUCGCUCGUCACCUGAGCCGUCGUCUUUUUUAUCAUUUUCCGCCGGGGAUAGCAGUAGCUCGACUACACCGAUGCCAAGAAAUAAGUGAAUUAACUAAUGGCUUGGUGGCUGAUGCGAAUCCGAUGGCGGUAUAUCAUUUAAUUUUAUCUGAUUAAUUUGCUUUCACUUUUCAAAGCAUGAAAUGUCAU